AAAAAAGUCGCUGUAGACGAUGUUACACUAAAGAUAUUCGAGGGACAAAUUACAGUUGUUUUUGGUCAUAACGGAGCUGGUAAAAGUAGUUUGAUGUCUGUCCUUACCGGUUUUUAUUCUCCGAGUCAGGGAACUGCCGUUGUCAAUGGUUACGACAUUAGAACAAGCAUGGAUGGCGUACGGUCAAGUUUAGGUUUAUGUCCACAACAUGACGUUUUGUUCGAUCGACUGACUGUUAAGGAGCAUUUGUGGUUCUUCGGAAAACUAAAGGGUCUGUCUAGUGAUGAAAUCGAUAGCGAAGUGGUAAAAAUGAUGGAGUCCAUCAAACUCGCGGAUAAAGCUAACGCUCAAACUAGAUAUUUGUCUGGCGGGAUGAAACGCAAGCUAUCUUUAGGAGUAGCGUUGAUUGGAAAAACAAAGGUGUUAAUGCUUGACGAACCUACUUCCGUAUCGUGA